AGACAAAACCAUAAAAGGGGGGCGUGGUUUUGGUGUGGGCGGGGUGUGAAAGAAUUUACCCAAAUUUAUAUCAUUCCCCGUAGGGCAAUCAAUAUUUGGCGUUUCAGAAUCAGUCACCAAUACUUCUAAAGCCGACGUCGUUAACGAGAACUCUGAUUCUUCCCGUCCACUAUACACCGCCGACUCUCAGCUGCGGGACGAUAGCCCUUCCGAUUACAUUUUCCGAUUCCGUUGUACCAUUGACAAUUGGAUAGCCUCUCCUUGACUUAUACUUGUGUUCCCCUCCAUGGCAACAGUUGAUGCUGCAGCAUCUAUGGAUAUUUUAGUUCGAGAACCAGAGGGUUUCUAUGUUUGGGGUGGGCCUCCAUUCAAUAAUGGUCAACCCAGUCUGAAGCUAGAGAGAGUUCCAUGCACCAAUGUGAAGUUCAGUGAGGAUGGAUCCAGGCUCAUGGUGAUGACUUCUGAAUCUGGCAUUGGUAUAUAUGACUGUCACAACUUGAAAGAGAUAAAGUCUUUUCAAGUCCCUGAUGUUGCUUCUGCCACCUUGUCACCACGUGGGACUUAUUUUCAGACAUUCCAGAAAUCUUCAACACCACAAGAAAAAAAUGUGAUCUUAUGGAUGACAGAGACUGGGGUUUCUGUAUAUAAUCUUUUUCAGAAGCACAUGACAAAAGCCACAUGGCCAUCAAUCCGAUUCAGUUCAGAUGAAGCUGUUGCAUGUCGGGUGGCCACAAACGAAAUACAAUUUUUUGAUGCUAGAGAUUUUGCUAAAGGGAUGUUAUAUCGGCUGAGAAUCCCUGGAGUGGCAGCAUUUGAGCUUUCGAAGACACCUGGAUCUCAUAUAGCAAUAUUUGUUCCAGAAUCCAAGGGGAGCCCUGCCAGUGUCCAGAUAUAUGGUUGUGAUAAAGAUUCGCAAAGUCAACCUCUUGCUCGAAAAAGCUUUUUCAGGUGUUCCUCGGUGCAACUGAGUUGGAACCGAGGUUCAACUGGGCUUCUAGUUGUGGUGCAGUCAGAUGUUGAUAAGACCAAUCAAAGUUAUUAUGGGGAGUCAAAGCUAAACUACCUUACAACAGAUGGAACUCAUGAAGGCCUUGUGCCCCUUCGUAAAGAGGGGCCUGUUCAUGAUGUUCAGUGGUCACAUUCUGGUUCAGAGUUUGCUGUUGUUUAUGGAUUUAUGCCUGCAAGUGCUACAGUGUUUGACAAGAGAUGCAGGCCUCUACUAGAGCUUGGAAGUGGUCCUUACAAUACUAUCCGAUGGAAUCCUAAAGGAAAGUUUUUAUGUUUGGCCGGUUUUGGGAACUUACCCGGUGAUAUGGCAUUCUGGGACUAUGAAGAUAAGAAACAGCUGCGAACAACCAGGGCUGAAUUAUCUGUAACAAGUGAAUGGUCCCCAGAUGGAUGCUAUUUCAUGACGGCCACAACAGCUCCUAGACUACAAGUUGACAAUGGGAUUAAAAUUUUCCACUACGAUGGAUCAUUGUACUUCAAGAAGAAAUUUGAGAAGUUAUUCCAGGCUGAGUGGAAACCUGAGUCACCAGAUAGAUUUGGUGAUAUUGCUGAACUUAUCAAGUCUAUUAGCACUUUAAAGGUUGAAGACUCCAAACAAAAAGGGUCAACCUCUAAAAAAUCUGCUUCUGUUAAUCCCCCUGCUACAAAACCUGCUGCCUAUCGCCCACCACAUACCAAACAGGCAGCUGCUAUUCAGGCUGAGCUGCUUGGAGAGAGCCCUACACAAGAAAUGAGCAAAAAUGCUCUGAAAAACAAGAAGAAAAGGGAGAAACAGAAGGAGAAAAAAGCUGCUGAGGCUGCCGCUUCAGCCGCCAAUGGACCAUGAUUAAAUGUAAGAUUUGCUAUACUUGCCUCAUGAUAACAUGUAACUUUGGACUUGAGAAGAAGCUGCGGUUAACCUGUAUCAUGUUGUUGGUGCAAUAUUUGUUCUUAAUGAUUUUCCUGGCAAAUUUUGAGAUGAUUUUUGCUUAGAUGAGCCUGUAUGAUUUUGUAUCUUGAGAAACCUUAGUCAUGUACGUUAAGACGUGACAUUUUCAUUUAUAAUAUAUGAUGCACUCCGAAAGUUAAACAUUA